CGAAUUGAGAAGUUUGAUGGUACAGAUUUCAGUUGGUGGAAGAUGCAAAUUGAAGAUUUGCUGGUUCAGAAAGAUUUGGACGCGGCUUUGGGUGACAAGCCAGAAAAGAUGUCGGAUGCAGAUUGGGCAGGUUUGGAUUGGAAAGCAAUGUCCGUGAUCCGUCUCUCGUUGACGAAGAAUGUUGCGUUCAACAUUCUGAAGGAGAAAGAGCUGGUGAAUACAAGGAUGAGAGAAGGCACUUCAGUUACCGAGCAUAUCAACAAGCUGAAUUCGAUCUUAACCAGACUUGCGUCAGUUGGCAUUAAGUUCGAUGAUGAAGUUCAAGCUUUGCUACUGCUAUCGUCUUUGCCUAAUAGUUGGUCCGGAACGGUUACAGCGGUUACCGGUUCAGUGGGGCCUGAUGGAUUCACCUUUGAUCAGAUUCGAGAUCUCAUUCUUGGCGAGGACGUCAGAAGAAAGAGUUCAGGGGAGUCAUCUGGUGAAUUGCUUCAUGUUGGUAGAGGCAGAAGAAAUAGUAGAGGUAGUGGGAGCAGGAACAGACAAAGGAGUCAGUCGAAGACUCGUGAUAGCUCAGGUGUAACGUGCUGGAAGUGCAAGGAGGUAGGGCAUUUUAGCAGUGAAGCAUUGCAGAAUCUAGUUGUUGGGGAAUUUGGAAAGGUACGACUAGCGGACGACAAAGCUCUUGAGGUGACGGGCAUGGGUGACAUGGUGUUGAAGACCUCAGUCGGUCUUUGGACUUUGAAGGAUGUCAGAGUGGUUCCAGCCUUGAAGAAAAGUUUGAUUUCUGUCAGGCUGUUGGACGAACAAGGACAUGAGGUGAAGUUCAGAGAUGGGCAGUGGAAGGUCGUGAAAGGAAAUCUUGUCAUGGCCCGUGGAACGAAGAGUGGUUCGUUGUAUAUGGUCGAGUUACCAUCUGAGGGAGUGACCGUCCCAGUUCAGAAGAGAGACAAAGUCCGGUUCACAGAGUCUCGUUGGCAGAAGAAGGUUGUCUAUGCAAGAGAGAAACCUAGAGCCACAGGUCAGACUCAGGAUGAACGAGCAUGGAAAGGUUCAAGGGGGCCAGUCAGAGGUAUUUGUGGCAGUGGGAGCUCAAUAGGCGCUUCAGCCAAGUUGCCUAGAAGACAGUGGGUCACGAGAACCAGUAUUCCAGCUGUUGGAACAUCUCCAGAAAAUUUCUUGCUGAGUAUGGAGAGUGUUUGUUCUCAUGAUGUUCCAGGAUCCGGCAGUGUGCGUUUGCAGUGGGAGCCGGUAGGGAUCGAGGACGAGUCAGGGGCAGAUUUUGUCGUGACUGAUGUGUUGGAGCUUGGGAGAGCUUCAACGGGCCUUUCAGUUGUCUGAUGAUAGGGCCGCUGCAAUAGGAGAGCUGAGGAAGAUUACUCGAUAUACAAGCGAUCGUGGCGGAUGGCAGUUGAUGAUUAUCAAGCCUCCAAGUGGGAGAAUGUUGGGCUUUGUGGAGGCUUGUUUGUCGGCCCGGCCCAGUUGUGCGUAGCCCUAGUUUUUCCCCUAUAUAUAGAGGGCUUGUAUUUGUAAUUGAGGCACCACAAGUGAAAUAAGAAAAUCCUCCUGUUGCAGCCGUGGAUUAGGGAAACCG